AUGGCCGACCAGAAAAUUGUCGUUUUUGGGAGCGUAGUGCAGGAUCUGAUCAGUUACACCCCCCGGUUUCCGCGUCCCGGCGAGUCGGUGCGUGGUUCGGGGUUUUUAGCUGGGCCCGGAGGCAAGGGUGCUAAUCAGGCGGUGGCGGCUGCCCGACUCGGAGCUAACGUCCAGAUGAUUGCCCGGGUGGGCGCUGAUAUGUUUGGGGAUUCGAACCGUGACUCGUUAGCAAAAGCCGGGAUCGCUGUAGAUAGCGUGGAAAAGAUUGAGGGCUCCAGUACGGCCACUGCUACCAUUACCGUAUCGGCGGAGGGCGAGAAUUCGAUUGUUGUGGUGCUGGGCGCUAAUGAGAAGUUGACUGCUGAUGUUGCUGAACAUCACCGUGCAGCAAUUCAGUCGGCCAAGCUCGUCAUGUGUCAGAACGAAAUUCCACAAGAAGGCAAUCGGGCGGCUUUCAAGAUCGCUAAGGAGAGUGGCGUGACUACGUUCUACAACCCAGCCCCGGGCGACGAGCAUAUGGAUCGAAAAAUCUUAGACUUGGUCGACAUUGUCUGCACCAACGAGAAUGAGGCCGAGUUCCUCACCGACAUCAAUGCCGAAAAUAAGGAUGGCGCUUUUCAAGCCGCUGAAAAAAUGCUGGGCAUGGGCCCGCAUACAGCCAUUGUGACGUUAGGCCCAAAGGGUGUUGUGCUGGCACAGAAAGGUCAGGAAACCGUCUUGAUACAAACGACGAAGGUUGAUGCAGUUGAUACUACGGGAGCCGGCGAUUGUUUCUGCGGCUCAUUUGUCUACUUUUUUACGAAACACCCGGAUCUGAAGUCUGGGGAAGCCGUGCGGCGUGCGGCCUACAUCGCCUCACAAUGUGUGACGAGGAAGGGGACACAGGCAAGCUACUUCACUCGAGACGAGCUUUCGAAGCUGGAUGAGAAACUUUUUGAGGAA